AUGGAGUUUCUUGGAACUUCUCAGACCGCCAGCUACUGUGGCCCCAGGAAAGGGUGCAGCCUGAGCGUGCUGCCCCCUGCCGAGCAGGCUCCCACGAUCCAGGAGUGCUACCAGCCCUAUCACCUGCCGGGGUACCGCUACCUCAACGCGUGGAGGCCCAGCCUCUUCUACAAGAUCUCCACCACCCAGACCUGUCCCGAUGAGUGUCGCGCCAGCCGGCGCCCGCCCACCAUCCUGCCAGCGCUGCGCUCUGCGCUCUUCUGUCGCUACAGCCACCACGACUGGGACCAGUCCAGCCACCUGCAGAUCCGGGGCGCCGAGGCUGCACGGCUGUGGGCCAGCAGGCUGACCGGGGACUCCAUGCAUCUAAUGCAGGACAAGGAGCAACUCACUCAGCAGAUGCAGGAGGGGACCUCCCGGAACCUGGGUCAGAGGCUGUCAGACAUCGGCUUCUGGAAGGCUGAGCUGUGCUACGAGCUUGAGAGGCUCAUGUCGGAGUACAGUAGCUUGGACACCAUCAAGAGACGACUGUUGUGUGCGGCCGACGAGGUGAACGCUCCCCUGCAGGUGAGGGGGCCGGGCGGAGAGGGUGGCCAGCCACCAACUGCCAACACCACCUGCUUUGACUGA